AACGAGUUAUACCAGUAUUGUGUGACCCGCUCGCGCAGACGAUCGCUUACUUAGCUUGUUGACAAAAUGCAUAAUCAAAUCAUAAUAAAGUUGUUUCUCCUUACUUUAUUAUUGUUAAUUCAAGUUUGUAAAUCCCAGUAUUAUAUAGGAGAUAACCGAUUCAAAUAUUUUACUGAAGUGUUUUCAUGGAAGCAGAUUAGCUACGAUUUUGAUGGGAUUAAAUAUACUAAAGAUGAACCAAUACAGAAGAAAGUGGGCGGUAUCUUCUUCAGGGAUGACGUAGAAGAAAAGGACCAGUUCUUCAAACAAUACAACAAUAUACCGAUUGGUUUCGAGGUGUAUAAGCAAAAAGUUUUUAUCACUGUACCCAGAAGGCGAUAUGGGAUCCCAUCGACAUUGAACGUAGUGCCGCUGGUAGCUGGUACAUCACCACUCUUGAAGCCAUACCCAAAUGCUGAGAGCAUAGACUCCUUUGUAUCCGUCUACCGCCCCCGUGUCGACUCCUGCGAAAGACUGUGGAUGGUGGAUACUGGUCUUAUAGAGGUACCUAAUAAUUUCGAACAGAAGAGGGCUCCACAGAUCAUAAUAUACGACCUGAAGACUGACACAGAAAUAUUAAGACAUGAAAUACCCAUGGAUGUGCUUGUCAAUGGGACUACUUCAGGUCUUACAUCAAUAAACGUAGAUGUUUUGCCCUCUCAUUGCGACGACGCCUAUGCAUACAUAAAUGAUCUAGCCAGAAAUGGCUUGAUAGUGUUCUCUUUAAAACAGAAAUCUAUAUGGAGGAUUAGUCACAAGACUUUCAACUAUGAUGUCGGAGCCACAGACUUCAUGGUGGCACAACACACCAUCAACUGGAAGGAUGGUCUCUUCAGUGUGGCCCUCUCAGACCCUGAUGAUACUGGUAAAAGAACAGCGUACUACCAUCCCUUCAUAUCUACCCAGGAGUUCUCUGUCUCCAAUAAGGUUUUGCAAGAUAAAAAUGCUGAUUUUGGAAGCAGUUAUAAGUUAGAAGGAGUGCGAGGCGCCUUCUCCCAGAGCGGAUCCCACGACUUCCACAAAGGAAGCAAAGCGCUGUUCUAUGCGAAUGUAGCUCAAGAUGGCGUCAUGUGCUGGAACACCAAGGUGCCUUUAACUACACAGACCUCUAUAGUGGUCGCUCAGAGCCAUACUAAACUGGUUUAUAUUUCAGAUUUGAAAGUAAUAGAUGACGAAGUAUGGGUGCUGGUGAACCAAAUACCAGUGUUUAUAUACGCACAAUUUAACACCACGGAGACCAACUUCUAUGUACACAAGGUCAAAGUUUCGGAUCUCAUCAAGCACACUGUUUGUGACAAAUAACUUUAACUAAUAAAGCCAUUUUCUUAAUUUUCUAUCUAUUUAUAAGUUUAAAUUAAAAUAAGUUACCGAAACGACUUGACUACAUCGAUUUAUAUAAUUUUAUUGUAUUAUUUAUUCCUA